AAGUAUUUAGACGAACCCAUAGACCUUAGUCCUAAAUUCCCAAUUGACACCUAACCAGUUGCACCAAACCAAAAGAUACAGCUUGCAGACAAACCUCACCACAUACCAAAAACAGCCCGCCAAAAAUAAAAUUUAAAAAAUAUUCCACAUACCCCAGGCCCACAAUAGCAAUAGAAUGUGUGCACGUGGCGCAUUAUAUCCCCCUCCAACACACACCCAACCACAGCACAACCGUCUCAAACGCAAAGUCCUAACCAAGUCAAAAAAUAACAUAAAAAAAAAAUAGCUACCUUCGCUCUCCCAAGCCUCUUCUACUACUACUUCCAUAUAUGUAUACAUAUAUCUGUAUAUAUCAUCAUCACUGCUUCAGUUACCGCUUGGUUCAGGCGUCGAUCUAGGGUUUGUGAGUCAGAAAUGGAGAGCGUACUAGGGCUGAUGAAUCGGAUUCAGAGGGCCUGUACGGUCCUCGGCGACUACGGCGGAGACUACUCUCUGCCGACUCUCUGGGACGCUCUUCCGACUAUCGUCGUCGUCGGAGGACAGAGUUCUGGCAAGUCUUCGGUGCUGGAGAGCUUUGUUGGGCGUGAUUUUCUACCCAGGGGAUCAGGGAUCGUGACAAGAAGGCCUCUAGUAUUGCAAUUGUACAAGACGGACCAGGGACAACAGGAGUAUGCACAAUUUUCUCACUCAGGAAAUAGAAGAUUUACAGACUUCUCUACGGUACGGGCAGAAAUUCAGGAAGAAACUGACAGAGUGACUGGGAGGAAAAAACAGAUUUCUCCACUUCCUAUUAAUCUCAGUAUCUACUCUCCAAACGUUGUUAAUUUGACAUUGAUAGAUUUACCUGGUCUAACUAAGGUUGCUGUAGAGGGACAGCCAGAGAGUAUCGCUCAAGAUAUUGAAAACAUGGUUCGCUCUUGUGUGGAAAAGCCUAAUUGCAUCAUUCUAGCCAUAACUCCAGCGAAUCAAGAUAUCGCAACAUCUGAUGCUAUCAAGCUUGCUCGAGACGUUGACCCAAUAGGUGAAAGGACAUUCGGUGUGCUGACUAAGCUUGAUUUGAUGGACAAGGGAACAAAUGCUUUGGAUGUUCUUGAAGGAAGAUCAUAUAGGCUGCAACAUCCUUGGGUUGGAAUUGUGAAUCGUUCACAGGCUGAUAUAAAUAAAAAUGUUGACAUGAUUGCUGCACGGCGUAAAGAGCGUGAAUUUUUCGCCACAAGUCCUGACUAUGGACACUUGGCCAGCAGAAUGGGUUCGGAGUAUCUAGCGAAGCUCCUCUCAAAGCAUCUAGAAUCUCUAAUUAAAGCUCGCAUACCAAGUAUUAUAUCUUUGAUUAAUACAAGCAUCGAUGAACUUGAAGCCGAGUUGGACCACCUUGGUAGACCUGUCACUGUUGAUGCAGGAGCCCAGUUAUACACUAUCUUGGAGCUCUGCCGUGCUUUUGACCGGAUUUUUAAAGAGCACCUUGAUGGAGGGCGGUCAGGUGGAGAUAGGAUUUAUGGAGUUUUUGACCACCAGUUCCCUGCUGCUCUGAGGAAGCUUCCAUUUGAUCGUCAUCUUUCACUGCAGAAUGUAAGAAGAGUUGUUUCAGAGGCAGAUGGUUACCAGCCUCAUCUGAUUGCGCCUGAACAAGGUUACCGACGCCUCAUUGACAGUUCCCUUAAUUAUUUUAGAGGCCCUGCUGAGGCUUCAGUGGAUGCAGUCCACUUCAUUUUAAAGGAGCUGAUGAGAAAGUCGAUUGGAGAAACACAGGAGUUAAAACGCUUUCCCCUUCUUCAAGCUGACAUAGCCGCAGCUGCAACUGAAGCAUUAGAGAGGUUCCGUGAUGACAGCAAGAAGACAGUGUUGCGAAUGGUGGAUAUGGAAUCCUCAUACUUGACUGUGGAUUUCUUCCGAAAACUCUCCCUGGAAGUGGAGAAGGGAGGAAAUCCUGCUGCCACCACUGUGGACCGCUACACAGAGGGCCACUACCGGAGGAUAGGUUCAAACGUUGCCUCUUACAUUGGGAUGGUUUCCGAGACCCUCAGGAAUACCAUUCCAAAGGCUGUGGUUUAUUGUCAAGUUCAGGAGGCUAAGCGGUCUUUGCUUGAUCACUUCUAUACACAACUGGGAAAAAAAGAGGGUCGGCAGCUUGCUCAGUUACUGAACGAAGAUCCGGUACUCGUGGAUAGAAGGCAGCAGUGCGCCAGACGGCUUGAGUUAUUCAAGUCUGCAAGGAAUGAAAUUGAUUCUGAGUUGUGGGGUGCAUGAGAGAGGUAGAUGAUGCAUGUAAAGCUCUCUUGAGAUUGGAUCUCUCUUUGCACAUCUUUCAAAUUGUUGGACAUAAAAGAGCCAUUGCAUUAUGUGAUUUAUGAAGAUGAUGUCAGAUGGCCUUAUAUUGUCAAAUGGGAUAUUGGUUUUCCGAAAAAUGGAGUGUUUAUUUGAAUAUUAAUUCAAAAUAUAUAUUUUUCCUAAUCUGAUGAAUU